AUGCGUUCGUCCCUGUCGACUUUUGAAAUAGCCCCUAAUGGGAUUGUCGAAAAUGAAGAAUGUCAAAAGCAUUCCCUCAAUUCAAAGCAUGAAUCGAAUGAUACCAGUCCACCUGAUGGAGGGAUUCGAGCUUGGCUUCAGGUGGUCGGCUCUUUUUUCUUGUUCUUCAAUACAUGGGGUAUUAUCAAUUCAUACGGUGUUUUCGAGACAUUCUAUGAAAAAAAUCUGCUUCGGGGGACCUCUCCUUCAACAAUCUCAUGGGUUGGGUCUUUGCAGUCAUUUAUCAUCAUGUUUCUGGGGGUUUUGACUGGGCCCAUCUAUGACGCUGGUUUCGUGAUGCCUUUAUUAUAUAUCGGCUCAUUUCUUGUUGUGUUUGGUCACAUGAUGCUCAGUCUUUGUCAAAGUUUUUGGCAAGUUCUUCUAGCGCAGUCAUUCUGCGUUGGUAUCGGAGCUGGCCUUCUCUUCGUUCCGAGCAUUGCGAUCCUCUCCACUUACUUCACAAGGAAGCUCCCUUUCGUGGUGGGAAUAGCCGCAUCGGGCUCGAGUAUUGGUGGUGUCGUUUACCCGAUCAUGAUACAUAUUCUGCAAAACGAAGUUGGAUUUGCGUGGUCCGUCCGCAUUGCUGGCUUUGUCGCUCUCUUUGGGCUAGCUAUCUCGUGCCUAGUGCUGAGAGUACGCGCACUUCCUGCUGCCCGCCGCAAGCUUGUCGACUGGCAAGCGUUCCGUGAAACACCUUAUGCACUGUUCAAUAUCGGCAUGUUCUUGUGCUUCAUGGGACUCUACACCCCCUACUAUUAUAUCCAGUCUGUCGCUAAUAGCGAGCAUAUAACUUCCGCGAAUUUGGCUUUCUAUCUCCUGCCGAUUGUGAACGCAACUUCGACUUUUGGACGUUUGGGCAUUGGUUACUUUUCCCAGAUGACCGGGCCACUCAACAUUCUCGUUCCAUGCGCUUUGGCGUCUGGAAUUCUUGUCCUCUGCUUAAUCGUUGGUGUAUCGCAGGCUUCCAUGUUGGCAAUUUCUGCCUUGUACGGCUUUUUCUCUGGAUCGCUUGUUUCACUUAUGGGUCCCAUCCUUGUGAUCCUUUCCCCCCAUCGUGGUGUGAUUGGUACUAGGAUCGGAAUGUGUUUCACUCUUUUGGGUAUUGCCUUGUUGAUUGGAACCCCAAUCGCCGGCUCUAUUCUUGACUCCCAUGGUGCAAAUAUGGUUUGGGUUUACAGCGGUGUCUUGACACUGGCUGGUGGCUUUGCGAUAGCGAUUAGUCGUAUGAGUCAAUCGUUUUGGAAGCUCUUUGCGAAAAUUUGA